AUGGCCUCGCUGGACCUGCCGUACCGCUGCCCCCGCUGCGGGGAGCACAAGCGCUUCCGGAGCCUGUCGUCCCUGCGCGCGCACCUGGAGUACAGCCACACGUACGAGACCCUCUACAUCCUCUCCAAGACCAACAGCAUCUGCGAAGGCGCCGCAGCUGCUGCAGCGGCCGCCGCGGCUUCGGGCUUCCCGCUGGCGCCCGAGCCCGCCGCCCUGCUGGCCGUGCCCGGCGCCCGGCGCGAGGUCUUCGAGAGCACGUCCUUCCAGGGCAAGGAGCAGGCGGCCGGGCCGGCGCCCGCCACGCCCCACCUGCUGCACCACCACCACCACCACGCGCCCCUCGCCCACUUCCCCGGCGACCUGGUGCCCGCCGGCCUGCCCUGCGAGGAGCUGGCGGAGCCCGGCCUCGUGCCCGCCGCCGCCGCCCGCUACGCGCUGCGCGAGAUUGAGAUCCCGCUGGGGGAGCUGUUCGCCCGUAAGUCCGUGGCCUCCUCGGCGUGCUCCACGCCGCCCCCCGGCCCCAGCCCUUGCCCCGGGCCCACCACCGCCUCGCCCGCUUCCCCCUCGCCCGCCGAUGUGGCUUACGAGGAGGGCCUGGCGCGCCUCAAGAUCCGCGCGCUGGAGAAGCUGGAGGUGGACCGGCGGCUGGAGCGGCUGAGCGAGGAGGUGGAGCAGAAGAUUGCGGGCCAGGUGGGCCGGCUGCAGGCCGAGCUGGAGCGCAAGGCCGCGGAGCUGGAGACGGCGCGGCAGGAGAGCGCGCGGCUGGGGCGCGAGAAGGAGGAGCUGGAGGAGCGCGCGUCCGAGCUCUCGCGCCAGGUGGACGUGAGCGUGGAGCUGCUGGCCUCCCUCAAGCAGGACCUCGUGCACAAGGAGCAGGAGCUGAGCCGCAAGCAGCAGGAGGUGGUGCAGAUCGACCAGUUCCUGAAGGAGACUGCGGCACGGGAGGCCAGCGCCAAGCUGCGGCUGCAGCAGUUCAUCGAGGAGCUCCUGGAGCGGGCUGACCGUGCCGAGCGGCAGCUGCAGGUCAUCAGCAGCAGCUGUGGCAGCACACCGAGUGCCAGCCUGGGCCGUGGAGCUGGGCCCGGGGCCCGGGGCCCAGGCAGAGUGCGAGAACACCACGUGGGGAUGGCCAUGCCUAGCACAUAUGCGGUGUCACGGCAUGGCUCCUCUCCCAGCACAGGGGCCUCCAGCCGUGUCCCCGCUGCGUCCCAGAGCUCAGGCUGCUAUGACAGUGACAGUCUGGAGUUGCCCCGGCCAGAAGAAGGGGCCCCGGAGGACAGUAACCCUGGGGGCGUGGGCACUCGGGCCCAGGCUGCCAACGGCGGCUCAGAGCGGGCUCAGGCCCCUCGAAGCUCAGGCCUGCGGCGCCAGGCCAUUCAGAACUGGCAGCGUAGACCCCGCCGGCACAGCACCGAGGGCGAGGAGGGUGACAUUUCGGACGUGGGCUCCCGAACCACCGAGUCAGAGGCCGAGGGCCCCUCGGACGUCCCCCGCCCUGGGCCUGCUAUGGCUGGGCCGCUAAGCAGCUGCCGGCUCUCAGCCCGCUCUGAGGGAGGCAGUGGGCGGGGUCGGCGAGCAGAGAGGGGCAGCCCCUCCCGUUCCAAUGAGGUCAUCAGCCCAGAGAUCCUCAAGAUGCGAGCCGCCCUGUUCUGCAUCUUCACCUACUUGGACACCCGCACACUCCUGCACGCCGCCGAGGUCUGCCGCGACUGGCGCUUCGUGGCCCGCCACCCUGCUGUCUGGACACGAGUGCUGCUCGAGAAUGCCCGAGUCUGUUCCAAGUUCUUGGCAAUGCUGGCUCAGUGGUGCACCCAGGCCCACUCGCUGACACUGCAGAACCUGAAGCCUCGGCAGCGGGGCAAGAAGGAAAGCAAGGAGGAGUAUGCCCGGAGCACCCGUGGCUGUCUGGAAGCAGGGCUGGAGUCCCUGCUGAAGGCGGCGGGGGGCAACCUGCUGAUCCUGCGCAUCUCGCACUGUCCCAACAUCCUCACUGACCGUUCGCUCUGGCUGGCCAGCUGCUACUGCCGCGCUCUGCAGGCCGUCACCUACAGGAGCGCCACAGAUCCUGUGGGCCAUGAGGUCAUUUGGGCCCUGGGUGCAGGCUGCAGAGAGAUAGUCUCCCUCCAGGUGGCGCCGCUUCACCCCUGCCAGCAGCCCUUGCGCUUCAGUAAUCGUUGCCUGCAGAUGAUCGGUCGCUGUUGGCCCCACCUCAGGGCCCUGGGGGUUGGGGGUGCCGGCUGUGGGGUGCAGGGCCUGGCAUCACUCGCAAGAAACUGCAUGAGGCUGCAGGUCCUGGAGCUGGACCACGUGUCGGAGAUCACCCAGGAGGUGGCGGCUGAGGUCUGCCGGGAAGGCCUGAAAGGACUGGAGAUGCUGGUGCUCACGGCCACCCCCGUCACUCCCAAAGCCCUGCUGCAUUUCAACAGCAUCUGCCGGAACCUCAAGUCCAUUGUGGUCCAGAUUGGGAUUGCUGAUUAUUUCAAAGAGCCCAGCAGUCCCGAGGCCCAGAAGCUGUUUGAAGACAUGGUGACAAAACUCCAGGCCCUGCGACGGAGGCCCGGCUUCUCUAAGAUCCUGCACAUCAAGGUGGAAGGCGGCUGCUAA